AGGCUCCGCGGGCGAGCGGCUGCUGCAGGAGGGGGUGCCCGUCGGGAGCCUGCAGGCCCUCGGCCUGCGCGACCUGCGGGGCCUCGGCGGCGGGCUGGAGGUGCGGACCGCGUCGUGGCGCGCGGGCGAGGAGCUUCGGGUGGCGCUGUGCUGCGGCGCAACGGCGGAGUUGGAGGCGCUGUCGCUGCAGGAGGCCGCGCGGUGCUUCCUGUGGCAGCCCAAGGCCGCUGCCCUGCAGUGGGCCACCAGGGCGCUGGCGCUCCCCAGCAGGAAGGCCGACACCUCGGCGACCGCCAUCUGCGUUUGCAUCCGGGACCGCCUGGAGGAGGAGAACGACGCGGCCUUCGACGACAGGCCCGCCAAGAAGCAGAAGGUGGCCGGGCCCCGCUCCAUCCGAGUGCGGCACCUGCUCCUGAGGUGUGCGGAGCCCGGGCGCCCGCUGCCCGACGACCCCAUGGCGCGGCAGCCGCCAGCCGGCCAGCGGACGCGGACGCGCGGCGGCGGCGCCGCGGACGCGCGCGACGCCCGCCGCCGCCCGCCCGC